UAAAUGCAGCCUAGAUUAUAUUCAAUGGUUGCCUACUCCUGAAUCCGGCAAUAUCACUCAGGAUGACGUUUACUGUCUAUUUCCGUAGCAUCAUUCGCAUUACUGAGAGUUUCACGUUAUGUGUGGCCAGGAGAAUAAAAAGAUGAGUGUUCAGAAUACUGUGCAGAAUCUCACUCAAGCUUGCAUUGAGAUUCGUCAGACUUUAGACUCUGUUAAGGAUCAACAAGAACGUGAAAAGAUUAUUUUGAAACAUAUAAAAGCAUAUGCUGACAGUAAUUUAUCCAUCAAUGAUUUUCAAAAAGGUUUGGAAUGGUUCAAUGUAUCGGAGGGAUUGUCCUUCCAAAAGCAUUUAUCUGGAAAAUUAAUCGUCUUAGAUUUCUUCACUUAUUGUUGCAUCAAUUGCAUGCAUAUAUUACCAGACUUAGAUGCACUAGAGAAAAAAUAUACUGUCAGCAAUGGGUUGGUUGUGGUAGGGGUACAUAGUGCCAAGUUCAGUAAUGAGAAAGAUUCAGCAAAGAUUCUCUCUGCUGUACAGAGAUAUAAUAUAUCUCAUCCUGUUGUGAACGAUGCUAAACAUUCAAUGUGGAAUGAUAUCGGCAUAGUGUGUUGGCCAAGUUUGGUUCUCCUUGGUCCAAAAGGACAACCAUUGGUUGUUCUUAUUGGCGAGGGACACAGGGAAGAAUUAUUUCUCUAUGUGAAAGUUGCCUUGGCAUAUUUUAAAUCUCUCAAUCAAUUAUCUGGACAUUCUAUUCCUUUGAAACCUGCGCAGCAUCUUUUACCUGCAUCCAGGAGCACAUUGCUGUUCCCUGGGAAGGUACAUGCAUUUUAUAGUAGUAAAGGUGAUGAGAAAUUAGCAGUAUCCGAUACUGGCAAUAAUAGGAUUUUAGUUAUGAAUUCACAAGGAAAAGUGGAACAUAUUAUCGGUGGAUGCUCACCAGGUUUCAAGGAUGGGAUAUUUCAUAUUGCUAGAUUUAAUGCACCCCAGGGUGUAUUUGGUGAAGAUGAUAUAAUCUAUGUGGCAGACACAGAGAAUCAUGCUAUUAGACAGAUCGAUCUGGUAAGAAAAUGUGUAUCCACUCUAGCAGGAACAGGUGUACAAGGCCAUGAUUAUUCUGGUGGAAAAUUAGGUCAAGACCAACCUUUGUCUUCACCCUGGGAUGUAGUAAAAUAUAAAUCAAUCAUCUUCAUAGCUAAUGCAGGAACUCAUCAAAUUUGGGGAUACUUUUUAAAUGACAGUACAUGGUGGACCAAACUGUACAACAGCAAAACUUGCGCAUCAAUUGUAGGUAAAGGUAAAGAAGAAAACAGAAAUAAUUGCUACGCUCAUGCUGCUAGUUUGGCUCAACCGUCAGGACUAACCAUAGCAGAGGAGUUCGAUGAACUCUAUUUUGCUGACAGCGAAAGUAGUGCCCUUCGAAAGGUUGCUCUGUCAAAUGGAAAAGUAUCUGCUGCCUGCGGAGCAGAUAGAAAUCCUUCUAACCUACAUUGUUUUGGCGAUGUAGAUGGGAAACAAUACGAGGUCAAAUUGCAACAUCCUCUAGGCGUAGCAUGGGAUAAGGAAAAGAAGAUUGUCUGGCUGGCUGAUACUUAUAAUCACAAGAUUAAGAAAUUCGAUCCUUCUACAGGAACCUGUACGACUGUUUAUGGUUGUGAUAAAUCCACAGCUUUCAAUGAACCCAGUGGAUUAGCUGUGAGCCUUAAUGGGACCCAACUCUAUGUUGCUGAUACAAAUAACCAUUCUAUCAAGAGUAUCAAUUUUGAGACUGGUUAUAUUCAUACUAUUCCUGUUGAAUUACCAAAAGUAAAGCAAACCGAUGCAGACUCCACCGAGCGUUUUUCCUCGGAGAUAAAUGAGGCCGGUGGUAAGUUAGUGAUUACAUUUGAUUUUGAAUUUACUUCCGGUUUAAAAAUCAAUACUGAAGCUCCACAAAAAUGGUCCAUUGUUUUGCCUGAUGGCUGGAAUGCCCAGAAACUAAUAGGUGAUCUGAAUACUCCAAUAUCUGUCGAUGUACCAAACAUUUAUCAGAAAGUAGAGGCACAAACAUUGUUUAUUACUUUGGAUUUAGUAGUUUGCAAAACGAGUGAGUGUAUACCAAAGAAAUUAGUGGUGAAUCUUCAAGUGAAAGGGAAAUCUGACGCUCCUGCAAAAGUUUUUAUCGUCCGGAAACUGAAAAUUUUUUAAGUAUAGGAAAACUAGCAGACGGCUAGAAAACCAUCUUCCACUCUUGGCAUUAUUAUAGACCCAUGAUAUUACUUUGCUAGAUUAUAUCGCCAUAAUUAAUGAAGAAUAUAUUUUACUAAAAAUUAUACUAGUUGGAAAACUCGUAAAAUCAGAUUCCGAAAUACUCUAAAUAUUUUAUUGAGAAGUUUUUACCAAUCACGGUUCUGAAUUUUUAGCCGUACGACUUGUACGAUCGAUCUGGGAAGGCUCCCUUAAUUUAGACCAUGUGAAAUAAAAGUUUUUUCGUUAUUUGUUAGUUUUAAAUAAUCGCAUUUGAAAAUACUAUUGAAACUAUUCUGACGUUCAGAAUAUCAUCAAUUUCCGGCCAUGUUAAUGAGUAAAUAUAUAUUGGCUGAAUACUCGGGGUUUGAGUAUUUGCAACCUAAGGCUACAUCUUUAACAUCAUAAUAUAAUUAAUUAUUCGGCAAUUGAUAUUUCUCUUAAUUAAUUAAAAUAAGCAAUAUGGCCUCGUUAGGAACUAACGGAUAAUUUUCUAAGGAUUGUGUAAUAAUAUUAUUUUUACUGUCGCUAAUGUUCAUUCAAAUCGUCUGAAUGGUCAAUCUAUGCACAAAAUGUAUCUUAUAAUAAAAAAACAGAAUGGCAAAGUC